AUGGAUUUCUACGCUAUGUUCCAUCCUCUUGCAUACCUCGUCAAGCUCAAUAUAGAAAUGUCUAUGGCUCACCUCAUCAAGACCAUAGCCCUAGGCAGCCCGAACCCUGGUAAUGAUCCUUCACGACUCUUGACUUUCUCGUCUUCGCCCGGUGAAGACAUGUUCAAUGUCAAUAUGUUUGCGGAAGUACCACAGCAACGACGUUCGCUCAUUCGCGGUUUGUUCGGCAGCGACCAUAUCUCGUUCUCGCAAGAAGACGUCCGCAUGAGAAAACCGGGAGAUUCCUCUACAGGUAGCACAUCCGUGCCUGAUUACGAACUGCCGUCUUGGAAACCUAGGACGGAGAAGGAGCCUGAUAUGAUUGGCAGCGAUGAUCUCAGCUCUGAAGCGAAGAACAAUACGAGAACCCACCAAGAGAACUGUCGUCAGGAGAGCAAGGUGCCGAGGAGGGCCAGAAGUCUGGAUGGAGGACCAAGCAUCCCCAUGCCGGCGGCAGUACAUCUUCCUACUCGAGCAAACAUGUCGGAAGUGGGCUGA